UACCAGCCUGCAAAACUCGAACAACCUGCCUGAGCAUGUUAAAUUGGAUGAAUAAUUUGCCUGCUGUGGUUGAUAUCUCAAAAGAAGAUCCUACUGAAGCACCUCAGGAGUGAAAACACUAGCUUCAAACAGAGCUAUAAAGAUACCAGACAUUUAAAAUCAGUUUAUGCCUUUUUAAUUGGACUCAGUCAAACGAUGGCCCAAGAUAUUGAAUGUUUCUUUCUUUUCUUCUUGUUGCACCAUUUAAGAACUUAUUUUAAAAUAAAAUAAAAUUUGAAUAGUUGCCAAUAGGCCUAUUAUGUCUGCUAUCAUGACCGCAAUGUAUCUUUGUAAACAGUUUAAAACAUUUUUAUUUUAUUUUUCAUUUUUUUUAUUUUGUGUCUCUGAUAUCGUUAUUUCGUAUUCCUGCGCUGGAAAAAUGUCAAUCUGGCACCCAGCGGAAAGUAGGCGUGUUUGUUUACAUUUCUUCCUGCGCCACGCGACUGUGCGUGAUGGCGUAUGUGAUACGCAGCGCUCUGGCUCUCGGAAGAGAGAGAGGAGACAGGCUAGCUUUCAGAAAACCGGACUAAAGUGAUGCAGAAAACGAGCGUUUAACUUCUACAUAACCAUGGAGACUGAUACAAACUCCUUCCAUGUGGAGUUCCCGGAUUUUUCCUGCUCCCUCCUGAAGAAGCUGAACCAGCAGCGGCAGAGAGGGCAGCUGUGUGACCUCAUGGUGUCCCUUGGCGGCCAUCAGUUCCGUGCUCACCGCGCGGUGCUGGCCGCCAGCUCACCGUACUUCUGCGAUCAGGUGCUGCUGAAGAACAGCGCCCGCGUGGUGCUGCCGGACGUCAUGCAUCCGUGUGUUUUCGAGCAGCUUCUCUUGUCGUGCUACACGGGAGCGCUGUCCGUGCCAUCCGGAGAGGUGGUGGCCUUCCUCACGGCCGCAAGCUUCCUGCAAAUGUGGCACGUGGUGGACAAAUGUACAGAGCUUUUAGAAGUGGGGAAGAAGAAAAACAGCUGCGGCGGGCAUUUCGACCACGGAUCGUCUCCGAGAGGUGACAGUUACACCACCGACAAUGAGGACACCGGCCAGACUGCAGGUCAAGUGGAAGAUCUAGUUGAUGACGGCCUUUCGAUUCCCGCUCUGGGAACGCUGGAAAGCGGCGGCUGCUCGUCUCCAGAUGAUCUGAGCAGCGAGAAUGGGUCGGAUGCAAUGGAAAACCAGUGCUCUAGACCUGCCUAUGUGCCGCCGAGCAUAAUGGGACACAGAAAGAAGGUGCAUAUAAAGGCAGAGAGGCAGAAUCGAGAAGCCUGUGGCAGCGUGUUUGGCAGUGAACACACCGUGAACGAUUCGGAUGAAAACUGCCACAAUCCAAACAUAGCUGAGGAUUGUUUUGAUGAGAAGUUGGUGGAGUGUUUGGAUGGAGAUUGCUCUUACGAAGAGCCCUCGGACUUCUACGGGUCCUCCAUGGAGGGCUUUUCACAAGCCGGAGACGAGCUCUCUGGCCCACCGUCCAAGGAGAAACUGCAACUAGAAGGAAGUGCAGAUGUUUCUCAAGAUGGGGCACCUGUUGACAGUGGCCUGAAGGAGGAAACCUCUCACUCAGGGUUCGCCUCGGUGGUUUAUAAGCUCUAUCCAUGCCAGUGUGGCAAAAGUUUUACACACAAAAGCCAGAGGGACCGCCACAUGAGCAUGCACCUGGGUCUGAGGCCGUUCGGUUGCGCCGUUUGCGGCAAAAGCUUCAAAAUGAAGCAUCACUUAGUGGGCCACAUGAAGAUCCACACGGGCAUUAAACCCUACGAGUGCAGCCUGUGCUCGAAACGCUUCAUGUGGAGAGACAGCUUCAACCGCCAUACCUCCACUUGUGCAAGAGCCCACCAGACCCGACGGGCCUCCCAGAUCUGCUAGUGGAACAUUUCAGAAACCUCAGCAUGGAAGCAUCCUUUACCAGAAUGCCAAAUUGAGUAUUUUUUUUUUUUUUUUUUGGCUUUUAUUUUAAACAAGAACCUCAAUUUUGAACAGAGGCCUGUUCUGUUCAUUUGUUCAGGUGUACACUGCUGGUCAAAGGUUUGUAAUAAAUACAUUUUUUUAAUGUUUUUAAAAGAAGUUUCUUCUGCUCACCAAGGCUGUUGAUCAGUAAAAACAGCAAUAUUCUGAAAUAUUUUUACAAUUUUAAAGAACUGUGAAAUGUCAUUUAUUCCUGUGAUCAAAGCUGAUUUUUCAGCAUCAUUACUCCAGUCCUCAGUGUCACAUGAUCCUUCAGAAAUCAUUCUAAUUUGCUGAUUUGCUGCUCAAGAAACAUUUCUGAUUAUUAGCAGUGUUGAAAACAGUUGUGCUGCUUCAUAUUUUUGUGGAAACCGUGAUGCACUACUAUUCAAAAGUUGUAUCAAGUAAAGGAGACCUAUAAUGCCCCUUUUACAAGAUGUAAUAUAAGUCUCUGGUGUCCCCAGAAUGUGUCUGUGAAGUUUCAGCUCAAAAUAUUUCACAGAUCAUUUAUUAUAGCUUGUCAAAUUUGUCCCUAUUUGGGUGUGAGCAGAAACGCGCCAUUUUUGUGUGUGUUCCUUUAAAUGCAAAUGAGCUGCUGCUCCCGGCCCCCUUUCCAGAAGAGGGCGGAGCUUUAACAGCUCACACUUCGGUUUCUCAACAACAACAAAGCUGGAGAAUCUCACGCAGCCAAAAUGAGGAUUGUCAGUAACGGUGUUCAGCCUUACAUUGUUCAAACCGGAGUCGACACUGAUGGAGAGACUCAGGAAGAAGUUACAACUUUUAGAAUGAAACUGGACGUUUCUGAAUGGUUAGUGGAUAAAUUUAUGUAGUUUCUGUGGAGUUGAUUCAACUCAUCGACUAGCAUGUGCCGUCAUGUUAAUCUUUUGUGCAAAUCCAGAGUUGAAUUGACCCUCGUUUGUGAAGCAGUCCGGCGUAAAAUGACGGCAUGGAAACAACACUCUACUACAACAACUCUUCCUCUUCUCUAAAGCAGCCCAACAUGGCCUCACCUCCUUUGUUGUGUGUUCUCGGGGGCAGAGUUUAUGUAAAUUUUAGGGUUAGUGGAAGAAGCUUGUUGUAGUCCCUACCAGCUGUUUGUUGUAGUCCUUAAAAAAGCGUAAGUCCGUAAAAGAAAAUAUCUCCCUUUGCAUUGAACUUUGAGCGUCGUAACUUUGCAGAUGUUGUUUAUGCUCAAACAGCAACAUUACACACUAACUAAAGUUAAAAAAGUGAAAUCAUAAUCAACCACCCCUUUAAAUAAAAAGUAUUAAACAGUAUUAAACAGCAAAACAGCAGUUCUUUAACAAGAACCCUAAUUAAUAAUUGAGCACCAAUAAUUAAUAAUAAUUGAGCAUCAAAUCAGCAUAUUAGAAUGAUUUCUGAAGGAUCAUGUGACACUGAAAACUGGAGUAAUGAUGCUGAAAAUCCAGUUUUGAUCACAGGAAUAAAUGACAUUUUAAAAUAUAUAAAACAAUUAUUUAAAAUUGUAAUAAUACAGUAUUUCACAUUUUUACUGUAUUUUUGAUCAAAUGAAUUCAGCCUUGGUAAGCAUAUGAGACUUCUUUUAAAAAGAUCGUAAUUAUUCCUAACUUUUGACUGCCGGUGUAUCUUACAAAGCCUCAUGGAAUGAUGUAAAGUCACCAUGAAAUCAGAAUUGACGCUUUUUACUUUCUUAAUAGACAUUAUUAAAGUAAAAUGUAAUUUCAUGUUGACUUAAAUGUCAUUCUAAUAUCUCAGAAUGGAGUGAUUAUUAUAUCAGAAGGAAUAAAUAUGACCAUAUUCUACCCCACAGACACAAGAGCCUUGAAUGCUGUCGUAAUAUUCAGGUUAUACGCCUCACCAAGCGCUUUGGACUUAUACAAAAUUUUAACAAGGUUUAUCUAAUGUAAAUAGAAAUAUUCUCCAGUGCAGCAUUAUGCUGGAUUUCAUUAGCUUUGGUCGAGCUGGAUUCAGCGUUUGGCAUUAACUCUGUUGCUGAUCUCUGUAAUUUCGUUGCUAGAGCGCUUCAAAUAGGAUUUCACAGAGAACAGCGGUUGUUUCAGCUGCUAAUCCGUUCUAAUCCACUUUAUGCUCCAAAAGUCAACAGAUUUAUUAGGAGGAUUUUGGAAAAGGAAAAAGUCAAAUAAAAUCAUACAUAAUGCUGCAUAAAUGGCAUUGACAUUUUCAUCUCCUUCUGCGAACAGUAUUCUUGUAUGUGAUGUUCAUUUUGUCAAAUGUUUUUAUAAUGUGCCAUAAGUGUAAAAUAUUAUAAAAUAUUAAAAAACAUGCCCAGGUCAUAUUUCAUAAAAAAAAGAGAAGUUAUAUUUUGCAUAAAAUAAUUAUCUUUUGCUAAAAAAAAAAAAAAAACUUAAGCCUUACAGUAUUAUGCACAUUUUCCCAUCCAGUUCAUUUAGAUGUUCGGGAUUCUCAGUAUUCUAAAUGGGAAUUCUCACUAUGUUCAUAUUUUUCAAUGGUAGUGAAAUAGAGUUUACUAUUCUUUAUGCAAAAUAUAACUUUUUAUUGUUUUGUUGUUAAUUAUUUAUUUCUUUAUUGGGAGAAAUAUGACCAGGACAUGAUCUUGAUGGGUUUUAUAUCAUUCAUCUGUAUACUGAAUUGAAGUGGAUUUAAGAGAGAAAUAUGGAAGCACAGCCACUUGUAAAUAUCAAAUACCAUUGAAGUGAAACUGAGAACACAUCUUUAUAAGACAUUUCAUGCAAACAUCAAAAGCAAAAGAGCACAAAAAGCAAACAACUUUUGAAAGGGCUGUAAAACACUUGUACAUAAGCAGUUGGGUGUUUACUUGUAUUAUUUUAAUAAUCUAAUGUACAGAAUGUGCCAUGAAUGGAUGGCUGGAUGUCUGGCUUUCAGUAGUUUGGUAUUACAGUCUUUUUGUGCUUGAACUGUUACAUCAAUACCUCAGAUGCUGUGGUAUUCAGUAGUUUUUAAGAUGUGUUAAGAAGACACAAAGGAGCAUGGAUUAGAACAAAAUGUAAGCUCAUUUUAUUAUAGUUUUAGAUCUAAUAAAUAGGGCUUUUCUUAGAGUAUUGAAUUAUACCUGAAAGUGUUAUAAGCUAGUAUAACACUCAAACGUGUCUUUUUGGCAAUCGUCAUUUGAUUUUGUUUAUUUGUAGUAUGUAAAUAGUGUUUGAAUUAUAUAUAUUUUUUUUUAUUAUGAAUGUGCAAAUUUCUAUAUCAAACAGAACAAACAAGUGACAAUCAUAUAGGCAGAAACAACAUGUGAAGGAUUUUGCCUCGCAGAUGAAAACAUAUAGAAGUCAAAUUAUCAGUAACAUUAAGAAUAUAUCAAUUCUUGGAGUAAUAUGAAAAAUAAAUUCAACCAAUCUUUUGAUAUAGCUUAUGUACUCUGGUUAAAAAAAAAGCAUAUGAUUAUAUGUUGAUUUGUUACAGAAACUUUUUGGGUUAUUAAUUGGAGACGGUUAUAUAAAAAUAUAUAUUCUCUAGUGACCAAAUUUUCUUAAUCAGUAUAGGCAAAGCUUUAUGAUGUUGGACGGAUCACUACCUCAACAGGACUGUCAUAAUAAUCUGUUUAUCAGAAAACGUUUCCUUCAGGACGGCAUCAUUUCCACUUACGCUUCUGUUGUGUUUUCUUCUUAUAGAAGAACUUUGUGAAACUUUGUGAGAUUUGUACAAAAAUGUGUUUAGCAAUAAAUGUUUUAUUUGUACUGGAAA